AAUGUGAUCAGUUAUUAAUCUCAGCGUUACUGAGCUUUACUCAACACAAAACCUACUCCUCCUCCUAAACCUAACCAACAUUGUUGAUAAUCAAUCACCAGAAAGUUUAUGGAUGAUGUAAGUAUCCGUAGAUCAUUUACAGGGGACCAUCAACAUGAAGUAUGACCAAAGUCUAGGACAACACCUUCAGCACAGAUAAGAUUAGAUGAUGAAGAAGAAAGGAUUGCUCAUGAACCAAAAACACGAACCUAGCCUAACCCUGCCUGAGCGUGCAGUUCACUUACCGAAGACAAAAACAGUCCCCUGAAAAAUCCUCCUGUUCACUUCAACAGGAGGUCUCCGCACGUCACUGAGGUCCGAGGACUGAGCCGGGAAAGCGAAACAGAGGGACAGAGCCAUGGCGAGUGAGAAAGUGACUGAGGUGGAGAUGGAGAAGAUCAGCCCAGCGGAGGAGAGAGAGAGUGAGGAUGCAGAGAAAGGCAAAGUGAGAGAGACUAAAGCAGAAGAGAAAGAGGCGGAAAAUCCAGAAGGAAAAGAAGACAAAGAGAAAGAAGACGACGAUCCUUUGUAUUCCAAACUGAACAACCCAACAGAAGACGUCUACAGUUUGGCUAGGAUGCCCGGUUCCCCCAGAAAAGACCAGAAAGAUGUUUACAGGAAGGUCCGUUUGUACCGGAGACUCUGCGUCGCUCUCCUCAUCGUCUGUGUUGUGCUGCUGGCUGUGCUUCUGGCGCUCGCUGUGAAAUUGUCCGAAGCACAGUCCAGUCAGCGGUAUCAACCGGCAGCCGAGAGCUCCACAGCACCAGCGAGUUGCAGCCUCCAAACAUGUGAGGCCUUGUUUCCAACACUGAUGGCCUCGCACCACAGCGGGGAGGCAGGAGAACCCCAGCACGUUGUUGCAGACAAUCAUGCAGGACUGGUGUGCUCCGAGUGUGGAAAAGGCUGGCUCAAGUAUGACGACUCCUGCUACCUGCUGUCUCGGGUGCGCCGCACUUGGCAGGAGAGCAGGGAGGAGUGCCUGAAGUUGGGAGGAGACCUGACCGUCAUUCGCAGCGAACGUGUGCAGAGAUUUCUGACUAACAAGGGACUCAUGCAGUACUGGAUCGGUCUCCACCGUUCAGAAACGCAGGAGUGGACCUGGAUUAACAACACCGCUCUAACCACGGGUUAUUGGGCCACAAACCUUCAGGAGGGCAACUGUGUGUUCCUGAACGGAGGAAAGUGGCACAAAGGCAACUGGCAUUCGAGCCGAUGUGAACUCUACUCAAACUACAUCUGCCAGAGAGGUUAAAACUGGAGACAUGAACCAUCACCAUCUCCCUACAGCUGUUAUAUCUGCCUUUAAUCCAAUCAGUUAAUCUCAUUUACCUUCCACACAUGCAGUUCACACGUUAUAAGACAGAAAUCAGCACAUGAAGCAUGAUCCGUUCCAUGAUGAGCAAUCAAGUAGACAAUUUUACAUCAUUAUUAUUAAAUGAGGUGAGCUAAGUAAAUUCACUGAAAGUGGCUUUGUGCUUAUUUUAUUGAUGUCUUUUAAUUGCACUAAUUUUACAGCUAUAAUAUUGCACUAAAAAUUCUCCUACAGAAUGUAUUAUAAGUCUAAAAGAACGCCAGUGUAGCUGCCUUUUAAUUAAGUGGUGAGACGUCUUUGUCUUUUUACCAUGAUUAAGAUGCCUAUGUGUUGUCUGUGGGCUGUAAUUUAGCUUUUCUACCCCACACAGUCUCUAUGUGAUGUGAUUGUCAAAUAUAAUGUGGUCGUCGUUGAAUAAAGUACUUUUCUUUUACACUUCG